UGACCCAUGUACGUGUUGGUUUCGAUGGAAUGUUAAGAUUUUUUUUUUUGUUGAGAGAGAUCUUCUAACUUUAAUCUUCAUUGUUAAUGGAGCUGAGGAACAUCUCAGCACUUCCUCAGUGAACAGGGUAUUUUGUGUCUGGGUAAGGGGCCACAUCCCAGCAGCCAGCUGAUGCCUCAGGAUAUUGUUCUGUCUUGGAUUUCCUCUGUUAAUCAGAGACAGACUCCUCCAGUGAGGCUUUCCAAGUGGCUUGUGUUGGCUCUUGCUCCAGAAUUUUUUUAGAAAACUUAUAUUCCUCCAUUUUUUUUUGUGCAAGGUGGGGCACUGGAACUAGUUUAGAUGACUCUUCCCCCCCCAGCCCAUGAUCUCACCAAGCACUGUGUUCCCCCUGCCCUGGCAUGGUGAGUUCUUCUGACCUGUGUACUGAUAAUAGCUACUCCCUGCCAGCCUUUGCUUGUGGGUACUGAAAAUAAUCAAGUGUUGCUGGCAUCUGGCUGAAUUGAGCCUUGGAAUUAAGAACCUUGUCUCUGGAAAACUGCUUACACAAACCUGUGGGAACACAGAGACUUCUCAGAUCAAGAAAAUAGGCUGAAAAAGUCUGUGUGGGAUUUAGAACAUGUCUUGCCUCUGCCUGGUGUCCUUCUUAUCCUCAAAGUGAUGUACAGGGGGAGUUUUUGUGUGUGCAUGGUGAAGUGAUAGAUACACUACAGCCCCAGAGCAGCUGCCCACACCUCCCUUGGGGUGACAGAACCCACAGGUGCCUGGGGCAGCAGUUUUUGGGAUCCCUAAAGCACUUCCUGCUGUGGGCCAUGCUGCAGUGAGGGUCCAACACUAACCCUGCUGGAAAGCAGUGCUGGAUUUUGGUAUUUUUAAAGAAAAAAAAAUUACAAAAAGGAUUUUAUUUUUCUUAAUGUUUUGUGUGAGAAAUGUCUCUUUUUAAGCUCGUAUUGAGGAUGUUUAACCUUCUCAGAAAUUCCAAACACAGCUCUUGCUACCACGUCUGUAGGGCCUGAGGUGUUCACUUUAGAUUAUUUAUUAGGUUUGAUAAUGUUCAGUGAUUUUCUCUGAAGUCAGAGCAUUCUGGUAUUGCAGAUAUCAGCAGAUAUAUCUUUAUAUAUAUAUGUAUAUCUAUAUAUAUAUAAUAGAUAUGUUGCUGAUACCAUGCUGCUGUGUGAGUGCACUGAUCUGGUCCCUUCAUUCUGUGUCUGUGAUGCCCUGCUGAGCAGAGGGACGUGGUGUGGCCGCACCAGGACACCUUGGGAGCCACAGACUGUCAGUGGCCACCUUGGCCAGGGCACAGGACACAGGGAGGGCACAGAAGGCUUAAAACUUCUCAAAUACUGUGAUGGAGGCUGCUGCUUCUCUGUGCCACUUGAUGUCUUGGUUCACUUUGUGUUCAGACUUUUUAGAGAUGCUUCUUUUUUCCACCAAAAAAUGAUUCACAGCAGCUAACAGUUGGACUUGGACUCAGAAGGGAAAACAGGAGAGGUUGUUCAGUUUGUGAACAAAACUCUGAACUGAAGGUGAGUCUUUCAAAGAGCUUUAACAUUGUUAGAUGAGAAAAGGCCAGUUCAGAUGAUCUUGGUGACUGCAGGGGCUGUUCUGAGUUAGACAUCAGACUCAGAUGUUAAAAUGCACAUUUUAACCAUGUCUUUGUAAACUGAGUAACCAGAAUGUAGUUUGCUUAGUGCAGCUCCUUUGUAAGGAAAAGAUUGCACAGCUGUUCUGAUGUAUUGGCUUCAGCAGAGUGGGAGGCAGCUGCUGAAUUAAUUUGUGUGGGCUCCAAAAUAAGGCAUCUUGGAUAGUUGGGUCAUUUUGUGCUGAGACCUAGAGGAAAUGCACAGAACUGGUGAUUUUAGUGGAGAGCUGGAAUGUGAUGUACCAGCACAUUGCUGUUCCUUCAUAGGAACACACUGGUGUGUACUUCCCUUCUGUGUUCAGUUUUUGGGGUGGCCCUGCACUUCUGGUGACCUCCCUGCCCUGCCCAGGGAACAAGGUUUGUGGUUUACUGAAGCUUUUCCUCUGCAGCUGCGCUGGGCACAGUGCAGGUAUCCUGCAGCCCGUGGCCAGAUGGAUCUCGAAGCAAGAAUUCCAGGAUGCUGUGAUUGCUGAGGUUGGUUCCACCAUCCCUGAACACAUGGUGCAAGCAUUAGCUGUUGUAGCUGUCAGAUUCUUGUAUAGAUGUGUCCUGUCUAUAGACUGUUGAAGGCGUUUGCAGCUCAGGAAGGAAAUUUUGUGGGCAAAUCACCUUCUCUGGUCACCACAUGGUCUUGGAGAAUCAGUUCUAAUGGAGUAGUAGGGCUGGAAUGUGCAUUUUUGGCCUUUCUUCUUAAAAAACGCUUCUUUUAUCUUGAUUUCAGGAUAGAAUGGGAAAGACACAAUUACUAGACAUAAUUAUCAAUGAGCAUAAAAUCUGUAUAUAUUGAAACUUGACAGAAUGAUGUGGGUGGGGAGGGGGAGGGUGGGAUGGGGUGUCCGGCGCUGGUACGGAGAAGUCACUUUAACAUGGAAACCUCUGCCUCAUUGAAUUCAGGGUUUAAUGUACUUGAAGCUCUGCAGUUCCUUUUACAGCUUUUUUUUUUUAAUUUAUACAUGAUUUUUUUUGUAUACUGCAUUGAAAAUGUCCUUGACUUCCCCCAAGUUCCCUCCUGCUCCCGCUGUACAGUGGAUCUGUGGCAAAGGGGAGGGUGUGGAAGCAGCGUCUUGGAGCUGUGUGUUCACCAGGUGUUGUGUGGGAGACAGUGACCUUGGAGCAGUGCUGUCCCUUCCCAUUGCCAUCAGCUUUCCCCACCAUUUCUCUUUGUGUAGCAAAAACAUUUGCACUUACCAUACACUCCUACACGUUGGAUGUAUUCCCAGUGUUGUUCCGAGGGAAAAAGGAGGGGAAAAAAAGGCAAAACAGGAAGAAAAGAAGAGCUGUUCCCUGUGAUGCUGUGUUUCUGAGUGAGCAGCUCAGGUCUGUGUUCCCCUGGGAGGGGUCUCGCUGCUCCAGAGCAGGAGGUGGGGAGCUGGGACUGUGCUUUGUGUAGGGGAUUUCUGUGAUUAAUGUGAAUAAAAAAGGGAAAACAUGUAUGAAUUUGCCAAAGCCAUUUACCACUCCCUGUGGCCUGGGGCUGUGCCCUCCCUGUGCCACCAACAGGUCCAGGUGCAGGCAGCAGCCUGGGGUCCCUCUGGGGAUCACAUCUGUGUGGGGUCUUUCUGGAAAUCCCAUCUCUGGGUUCCCUCUGGAGAUCCCAGCUGUGUGGGGUCCCUCUGGAGAUCCCAUCUCUGGGGUCCCUGGGAGCCGCCACCGUGCAGUUCUCUCUCGCUUUUGGGCCAUAACCAGACUGGAUGAACCCCUUUGCUCCCUGUUCCGGUGGAUCCGUGUCUCAUUUCUGUGUCACUUUUCCUUUCCCGAGAAGCUGCAGCCCCCGGGGUGAUCCUGUCCCGUCUGAGCCGGGGCUGGGGGCUGGCUUUGGGGUGCUCUGAGGAUCCCCACCCCUUCGUCUCCACGAGUGAUGUUGCACAACACAGAUCCCCGCGGAUACGUCUCCAUCCCCACGUGCUCUGUAAGAUGGACCUUUGUAGAGUUGUUAUAUCUGUAGACUUUGUUUAUCUGUAACAAACUUUGUAGAUUCUGUGAAAUGUUAUUUUAAGGAAAUCACUCGAGUCUUUAAUAGCAAAGCAUCGAUACUCACCGAAGUCGGUAUAGAAGAGUUUUUGGACGCAGACGCAGCCCUGACACUGCCGAGGAGUGUCUGAUUCCACGGGGCAUUACUGUAUCAUGACUUGAUGUUGCCGCAUAGACUUUGAGAUAUCCAACAUUUUGGGGGGUUUGUGUUGGCCUCUGUCCUCUUGCAUAGUGUGAAGCCUGUAAAGCUGGUUCCCUGUACAUAGAUAGCUCCUGUCCUCUAGGUAGAGCGUAUCGAGACUUGCCUGUAAUAUUUUAGCUUCUUACUGACUGUGUGUGAUGGUAGAACAUAUAAUUUUUGUACAUUCUAUUUACUGAGAUGUUGCUUUUUUUUUUUAUUUUAUUUUACAAAUACUCUGGAAUUCAGAUGUGGGUUUAUUGGACUUUGUUUUUCUUGUUUAUUUUCCUUUUUUUUUCUUUUUUUUUUUUUUCCUUUUGGUUUUCCAUGAGGAUUCCUUUGGAAAGGUUUUUAAUGACAUUCCACUGAUCUGAAAUUUUUUGCUUGAGGUUGACUUCAAUAAAUCGUUCUGAAUGUUCCACCGCUGAGAUGAGUCAGUUCCGUCUCGGGGCGGGGCGCGGGUAUAACGGGAGGAUAACGGGGCAGCGGCCGCGGUCCCUCCUCCGGGCAGGGCUGCGCUCGCCCCGCCCCGGGCCCCGCGGGCGAGCAGUGGCCAUGCGGCGAGCGGAGCUGGCGGCCGAGACCGCGCUGCGGGCGCUGCUGCUCGCCACCUUCGGGAUCAUGGAGUUCCUGCCGCCCUUCCAGCGCGUGCUGCAGCCCGAGGAGAUGUGGCUCUACAAAAACCCCUACGUGGAGGCGGACCAUGUUCCCACCGUGCUCAUGUUUUUCAUCGCAUUUCUGUCUCCCUUGUUGCUCAUCAUCCUGGCGAGGCUCUUCCUGGGCGCUGACCAUGAGGACACGAGGGAAGCCUGCCUUGCUGCCAGCCUUGCUCUUGCCCUGAACGGGGUUUUUACCAACGCCCUGAAGCUCGUUGUGGGGAGGCCACGGCCUGACUUCUUCUACCGCUGCUUCCCCGACGGCCGGGCCAACCCGGAGCUGGUGUGCACGGGGGACGCCCGCAGGGUGAGCGAGGGCAGGAAGAGCUUCCCCAGCGGCCACGCUUCCUUUGCCUUUGCUGGUCUUGCCUUCUCUGCCUUCUACCUGGCAGGGAAGCUGCAGAGCUUUGUUCCAGGCAGGGGGGGCCGAGCCCUGCGCUUCUGUGCCUUCCUCCUCCCCCUCUUCCUGGCCACCCUCAUCGCCCUGUCCCGCACCUGCGACUACAAGCACCACUGGGAAGAUGUGUUGGUUGGCUCAGUGAUGGGCCUGGUGCUGGCAUACCUGUGCUACAGGCAGUACUACCCUCCCCUGACAGACAGCUCGUGCCACAAACCAGCUCUGGCCAAGCCCAAAGCGCUGCCGGCGCACGAGGAGAAGCCUGCAGCUGCCAGCUUCCACAUGAGCAUUUAGUGAUGGGCCCUGGGCAGGGCAGGGCAGGGGGGAGGCUGCUCAGGAGAAGUGGCUCCCAUGAGGAGGAGCCCCUGGGCAGGUGUUCCCUGCUGAGCAGGUGAGUUUCCUGCCCUGGCCCUUGUGUUGCUUCAUCUUGUUGGAUUUUGUAGGCGAGCCCCUCUUGAGGCCAGGGAGGCACUGGGGUGCCAACCUGUGGAAAGACAGUUGGGGUGUGAAAGUCCUGAACAAGAACUGGGAAAAUGGGACAACCCAGAGUGCCCAGCCUGGUGGGAGUUCCUGAGUCCAGUCCAGGAAGCACCAUUGGUCACCUCCCUGCAGUCCAGCCCAGCUGUCCCAGCCCUUCUCCUGGGAAAUGAAGUGCAGGACCUGGCAACUUUUGAGUUUUUCUAAUUUCCCAAAUAAAGGAGUUUAAUUUUGUAAUGA